GUCGCGCGCAGAUCUGUGGGGUGUCACGGGCGCGCGUGCACGGCAGCAUCAUCACGCGCAGCAUCUUUCGCCCACAGACAGCACUUCAUUUCACUUACUUUUUAUUUCUCAGACAAAAAGAGCCUUUACUACUGCGUCAUAUCUGGAUAUUCUGCACUCCUGGAUAACCGUGAGGAUAUUUGCGCCGCUGGAUUGGAGUGUUUUCAUGGAAAAUGGCGAGAUGGGCUCACGCGUGUCUGCUGCUGAUGAUGGUGAUUUUCAGUGGAUCGUGGACCGCAGUGGACGCGCUCACAUUUCCACAGCAUUACACGAUCAUGCACUGGGCUCGUCGCAUUGAACAGGAGAUUGACAGAGUCUUGCAGCACAUCAGCGGCGCUCAGCAACUGAAGGGGAUCUACAGUGAGAAGAGAAGACAGUUCAGUUUGGUCAGAAACAACCCUCGAGACAUUGUAGAAAAAGUAGCAACUGACAUUGAGAGACUGCUGGCCAAGAAACGCAAAGCACUCGAGAAACUGGCGAGUGAAGCAGAGCGUCUUCAGAAAGAUCAUCGCUGGCAGGAUGGAAUCAAGGAGGAAAAUAUUGAAUAUUAUAACUCUAAAGCAGAGAUGGACUAUGAUGGUGAGGACAUCGAUUCUCAGAUGUCGCUGAAACUGGAGUUCGUGUAUGACCCGAUCUUUAAGAAUCAUGUGAAUUUCUCACACACUGCCGUCCAGAUCCCCACAGACAUCUACAAAGGCGCUCCAGUAAUUCUGAAUGAGCUGAACUGGACACAAGCAUUAGAGCGAGUCUUCAUGGAGAACAGCAGAGAUGACCCGUCGUUACUCUGGCAAGCAUUUGGAAGUGCCACGGGGGUCACAAGAUAUUACCCAGCUGCUCCCUGGAGAGCGCCGGAUAAGAUAGACCUUUAUGACGUGCGACGGAGACCCUGGUACAUUCAAGGAGCGUCAUCGCCGAAAGACAUGGUCAUCCUGGUAGAUGUGAGCGGCAGCGUCAGUGGACUCACUCUCAAACUCAUCAAAGCUUCAGUCACAGAGAUGCUCGACACGCUCUCUGACGACGAUUAUGUCAAUGUGGCUAGGUUCAAUGAGAAGGCCGAGGCAGUGGUGCCCUGCUUUAAGCACCUGGUACAGGCAAAUGUACGCAAUAAAAAGAUCUUUAAAGAGGCAGUACAGCAGAUGCAGGCCAAAGGAACCACCGAUUACAAAUCCGGCUUUCACUUCGCCUUCAACCAGCUGCUCAACAAGACAAAUGUUCCUCGAGCCAACUGCAAUAAAAUCAUCAUGUUAUUUACUGACGGAGGGGAGGACCGAGCUCAGGACAUCUUUGAGCAGUAUAACUGGCCCAAUAAGACGGUCCGUGUGUUCACGUUCUCGGUGGGGCAGCACAAUUAUGAUGUCACUCCACUGCAGUGGAUCGCAUGUGCUAAUAAGGGAUACUAUUUUGAGAUCCGCUCCAUCUGUGCUAUAAGGAUUAACACCCAGGAGUAUCUGGACGUACUGGGCCGCCCCAUGGUUCUGGCAGGCAGAAGUGCCAAACAGGUGCAAUGGACCAACGUCUAUCAGGAUGCUCUGGGUCUGGGGCUGGUGGUGACGGGGACGAUGCCAGUCUUCAACCUCACCGUAGACGGAAACUCUCAGAAUCAGCUGAUUUUAGGGGUGAUGGGGGUCGACGUUCAUCUGGAUGAGCUGAAGAGACUCACACCACAGUACAAGCUGGGAGCAAAUGGAUACAUCUUCGCCAUUGACCCAAAUGGAUACGUGCUCAUGCAUCCGAACCUGCAGCCUCGAGAGGAGGAUUUGCCAGAGCCGGUGACACUGGACUUCCUGGACGCAGAAGUAGAAGACAGCAGCAAACAGGAGAUUCGUCGGCAAAUGAUUGAUGGCCGAUCAGGAGAGAUGACGAUCAAAACACUAAUUAAAUCAAUGGAUGAGCGCUACGUUGAUGAGGUCAUACGCAUGUACUCCUGGACACCAAUUAACGACACUGAUUACAGUCUGGGUCUGGUGCUUCCUCCGUACAGUGAAUAUUACAUCCAGGCUGAUCUCAGUGAUGUCAUGCUACAGCUGCAGUAUUUACAGUCUCUGCUGCCGAACUCUUUUGAGUCUGCCGGUCACGUGUUUCUGGCCCCCAGAGAAUACUGCAAGCGUCUGCAGAUGGCUGAGAAUAACACACAGUUCCUGGCGGACUUCCUGUCUCUGAUGGUGGAGAUCUCACCUGAAUCUGAAGACUGUGAUCAGGGUCUCAUUCAUAACCUGAUCUUGGAUUCUGGGAUCCUCUGGCAGCUUGCCACACGCGUUUGGCAGAACAAGGACCUCAACACGUACGGCUUCCUGGCGCUGUUCGCAUCCACCAAUGGAGGCGUCACACGCGUUUACCCCAACAUGGCUGCUGAAUCAUGGGACGAGGACCCCGAGCCUCUGAACUCAAACUUCUUCCGUCGCAGUCUGGACAACAAAGGCUACAUCUUUAGAGCACCAACACGAACCUCAAUGGAUGAUCUGUUAAUCUCAGAGAACGGCACUGUGGGGAUUCUGGUCACCACCGCUGUGGAGGUCGUGAUUGGAGGCAAAACCAUGAAGCCUGCUGUGGUUGGCGUUAAGCUGGAUUUAGAGGCCUGGGUUGACAAGUUCAAGAUCCUCGCCAGCAACGUAUCAGACAGCAGACAGGCAGCACAUAAGUGCGGCCCAUCCAGAUCCUGUGAGAUGGACUGUGAAGUGAACAGUGAUGAUUUGCUGUGUUACCUGAUUGAUGAUGGUGGUUUCCUAGUGAUGUCCAAUCAGAGAGAUCACUGGAAAAAGGUGGGACUGUUUUUUGGCGAGGUCGACCCCUACCUGAUGUUCGCCCUCUAUAACAACUCAAUCUACGCACGCCAUCAGACUUUCCAGUAUCAGUCGGCCUGCGAGCCGACGGCCAGCAGCCACACGGGAGCCGCGCACAGAGGAUUCUACGUGCCCUCCAUUGCUGAUUUUCUCAGUCUGGCCUGGUGGACGUCAGCAGCGGCGUGGUCUGUUCUCCAGCAGUUCCUGUAUGGACUUAUCUACAGCAGCUGGUUCACCACAGUAGACGCCUGGGCUGAGAGUUCAGACACUAAAGGGAGCAGCAGCUGCGUGACGGUUCACAGUCAGUUCUACUUCACCAACACCACCAACUCCUUCAACGUGCUGCAGGACUGUGGGAACUGCUCCAGGUUGUUCCACGCCAAGCGUAUAGAAAACACAAACCUGCUGUUUGUGGUGGCUGAGACGCUGCCUUGCAGCUCUUGCGAGAUCGAGAAACUCCUACCUGUCAGAACAAAGUCUCAAGAAGAGAACCCAUGUGAUGUGUUAAAUUCUGCCCGCUAUCGGAAAGGACCUGACAAAUGCUUCGACUACAACUUGGAGGAGAACACGUCUGAGUGUGGGAGCGCUCAUUCUUUACACUGUCCAAUGGGAGCUCUGCUCUGGAUUCAGUUAUUGUCACUUUACCUCAUUCUACGAUCAUAAUCUGAGUCCCACUGCCUUUGGUGUUCCUGUCCCUCAUCCGUACGACGCUCCGGUCCUCUCCUGACAUCCUUCUGAUUUUCCAGCUCUCUGUCUCAUCGUGAGGUGCAUUCCAGCUGUGUGCCGUUACAGCAGAGCAUGAUGGGAAAAUGUGUCUUAGUAACCCCUGACAUUCUGCAGAUCCAAAAGAAAAAAACGAAACUGUCUUAAAUCGUUCACCUUUAUAUUAGGAAAACAUACAAAAAAAAAAAAAAACCUUUCUGCUGCCGUGAAGUAUUUUUGCUUGCCAAAUCCAAAAACAGGAAAGGACCUGAAACACGACACAAGUUUUGACGGUUAUUAUCACAAUCUCGCAUUGAGUGUUUAUUUAAGUCUUGCUUUGUUCUGGAUUUAGUGCCAAACCCUGAUAUAUGUGGAUGCUCAAACGCGGGGGACACGCCGCUUUCGUUGAAAUAUUUUGUUCGAGGCUUCCUUGCCAAAAGAGAAUGCCGUAUUAUCGCAAACUGCUUUGUUUAGGAAAAGAAGAAAAAAAUUUCAGUUACGUUUUGUGUUUAUUUACAGCUUUGUCGAAUGUUUUAAGGGCAUAUAUUGUGUACAAAAACUGCUGCCUGGUUUGUUACCCAACAGUGCCUUGGCGCACUUGUCCAAAUGGACCAACAAUAGCACUGGACGUGGAUUCGACUGACCCUGAAUGAAUGCUGGAGAAAGACACGGUAUUGAAUGUUAACUUGAUUUGGUUUACAGUAUAAGGGUGAAUGUCACGAAACAUGGCAAACGUUUCUAUUUCACCCCAAAAUCAAAAGAAAAAAGAUUUCAUAAAGAAAAUGAAGCAUAUUUUGAGGACCAUUAAGAUUUAAAAAAAAAAUAAUAAUAAAGCACAUUUUCCUUACAAUUCUCAUUACUGUAAUGAAAAAAACUUUAUCAUUACCGUAAUGUGGAAAAAAAAUUAAGAUUUUAGGAAUUGUUAUACUGCCUUAAUUUGUGAUUAUUUAAAUAAUUUUUUAAUCUAAUUCAGUAAAAAAAAUAUAUAUGAAAAAAAUGUUCCUACAAGUACUCUUCAUUUUCUUUUUAUAAUUUUUUGGGGUGUUUUUCUAUUAAUUUUGGGGUGAUUUCUCGUGAGACUCACCUGCGCACAGUCCUUUGGCGUUCAGUAUGGGUUUUACUAUACAUGUUCUACUGAUUCUGUCUUUAGAAAGGCAUUCAAAUGGUUUUAAAUUUUUUUAUGUAAAUAUGGUUAUUCCACACUGAGUUGAUCUAGUUCAGUGUCUUUGGUGAUGCUUUACAAUAAGGUUCAUUAGUUCAUGUUAGUUAAUACAUUAACUAAUGUUAACAAAUGUAAACUUGUCGUAAAGUGUUACCAUGUGUUUUAAUGAAAUGGAAUGCAAGCUGAUGUCUCGCUGUCCUGCUGCAUGCUGGGAAAAAAUGAUAACUGCUAUUAAACUUCAUAGUAAUUUGAGGACAUUUACUGGAAGGACACUCGACCCUUAUAGCCAUUCGAUGGACCAAUUUUGUCUUCUCAUUGAGUCCAUAGAUGCUAUCGAAGGGUCGAUAUGUAUUUAUUUUUAUUUAUUUUAAAAGAUGGUAUGUAUAUUGCUUGCGAAAUGUAUCAAGUGUGAAUUUUGAGACGCUUUUAUGCUUUUGAAAUGUUUUGGUUUUUAUCGCAGAUGUUUUGUUGCUUUUCAGUGAUUAUCUCUAACAAAGGUCCAUUUAGACAAAAAAAAAAAAUAGUUUGUGGUAUUUCAUCUUUCAAUGUGGCCACACUUCCAAAACAACUGUACUUCCAAAUGAAUCAGACUGGACUGAGAUUCUUCUGAAUUGGACUGAAAGGGUUUCGCUCAACGUGUUUUGUAUCGUAAUGGCUUGAGCAAUACUUUGAAUUAUAUCGACUACGCUGAAAUGCAAGUGAGCGCUACUGAAUUAGUGUAAGGAGAGCAUGAAAUCAGUAUUGAGCCGCUUUCUUUGGAUGACUUUGAUUCAGGCUUGUCUUUGAAUAUCGGCUUAAUGUUUGUAUGUGAGCUAUGAGUGUUCUAACAGAAUUAUUUAAUGCCAAUAAGAGUAUUUAUACUAUUGUCUUUAUGUAAAAUUCUCUCUGUGUUACAAUGAAUUUAAAUGAUGUGAAUAGGAAUGUUUUAAUUCUUUUGUUUUUUUGUUUGUUUUUUUUAUUUUGUUGUUCUGCAGAUGUUUGUUAACUAUGUGAAAGGGUUUUUCCUCCCUUUCUGCGGUCUUCCAUAUCACUUCAUUUUGUACAGAUGGCACAAAUCUAUCAAGAAAGGCUAACUUUGUAUCAUAUUGUGUUAUUCACUUCUGGGAGAUGUUUAUAAGAGAAUUGGUGAGAUAAAGACAUUCAUAUUUUUCACGUCAA